AUGGCGGUCCUGGCAGUGAGCGGUCGUCGAGUUCACUUGCGACUAACGGCACGGAUCCACAGCACCUACAAGCCUUCAGCGAAUCUUCUAAUCCGAGAGCUCGAAGCCAACACCUGCCACGACUAUCCAUCUUAUUCAGCCAAAGGAUGCAUUCCCAACCCUCGCCAGCUGGUCAAGGAAGGGACCUCAUCAAGGGAUGGGACCUCACAGGGGGGGCAUCAAGGGAAAGGGACCUCAAAGGAAGGGCAUCAAGGGAAAGGGACCUCAAAGGAAGGGCAUCGUCCAUCAGGGAAAGGGACCUCACAGGAAGGGCAUCUCAUCAUCAGGGAAAGGGACUCUCUCACAGGCAUCAAGGGAAAGGGACCUCACAGGAAGGAGCAUCAAGGAAAAAGCUUUUGUUCGUCUUCCCAUCGUCACCAAGCGGCUGUUGCUAAGAUAGGAAGAUCUAUUAUUGGAAGGAUCGUGGGAGGAUGGAUCACUAUCCGAGGGAUCAGAAUAAGAGGGAGACGUAACAGGAAAAGGGACCUCAAAAGAAGGGCAUCGAGGGAAAGGGACCUCACAGGAAGGGGCAUCAAGGGAAAGGGACCUCACAGGAAGGGGCAUCGAGGGAAAGGGACCUCACAGGAAGGGGCAAAAGGGACUCACAGGAAGGGGCAUCAAGGGAAAGGGACCUCACAGGAAGGGGCAUCGAGGGAAAGGGACCUCACAGGAAGGGGCAUCAAGGGAAAGGGACCUCACAGGAAGGGGCAUCAAGGAAAAAGCUUUUGUUCGUCUUCCCAUCGUCACCGAGCGGCUGUUGCUAAGAUAGGAAGACUCUAUUAUUGGAAGGAUCGUGGAGGAUGGAUCACUAUCCGAGGGAUCAAAAUAAGAGGGAGACGUAACAGGAAAAGGGACCUCACAGGAAGGGGCAUCAAGGGAAAGGGACCUCACAGGAAGGGGCAUCAAGGGAAAGGGACCUCACAGGAAGGGGCAUCAAGGGAAAGGGACCUCACAGGGGAAUCGAGGGAAAGGGAAACCUCACAGGGAAGGGACCUCACAGGAGGCAUCAAGGGGAAAGGACCUCACAGGAAGCAUCGAGGAAGGGGACCUCACGGGAAGGGCACAGGGAAAGGGGACCUCACAGGAAGGGCCUCAUCAAGGGAAAGGGACCUCACAGGAAGGGCAUCAAGGGAAAGGGACCUACAAGGAAGGGCAUCAAGGGAAAGGGACCUCAGGGAAGGGGCAUCAAGGGAAAGGGAACCUCACAGGAGAGGGGCAUCAAGGAAAGGGACCUCACGGGAAGGGCAUCAAGGGAAAGGGACCUCAAAAGGGGCAUCGAGGGAAAGGCCUCACAGGAAGGGGGCAAAUCGAGGGAAGGGACCUCACAGGAGGGACAUCAAGGGAAAGGGACCUCACGGGAAGGGGCAUCGGGGAAAGGGACCUCACACGGAGGAAACUCACAGGAGGGACAUCAAGGGAAAGGGACUCAGGGAAGGGGCAUCAAGGAAAAAGCUUUUGUUCGUCUUCCCAUCGUCACCAAGCGGCUGUUGCUAA